CAGGAUUGUUUGGUACUGGUGCUGGAUCCUCGAUCUGUCUCCAUAGAAAAUGCUGGACUAUUAGCACUGACAAGAGUUGGUAGUAGAAGGGUUGUUCAGAUAGCUGCAGGCUUCAUGAUCUUCUUCUCUAUUCUCGGAAAAUUUGGAGCUGUGUUUGCGUCAAUCCCAGCACCUAUAAUAGCUGCUUUGUACUGUCUCUUCUUUGCCUACGUAGGAGCUGGAGGUUUGAGUUUUCUUCAGUUCUGCAACUUAAACAGCUUCAGGACCAAGUUCAUCUUAGGCUUCUCCGUCUUCCUCGGCUUGUCGAUCCCUCAGUACUUCAAUGAGUACACCGCAAUCAAAGGCUAUGGUCCUGUCCACACAGGCGCUCGUUGGUUCAACGAUAUGGUGAAUGUCCCGUUCUGUUCAGAGCCUUUUGUUGCUGGCGUGGUGGCAUUCUUCUUGGACAACACAUUGCACAAGAAAGAUUCUUCUAUAAGGAAAGAUAGAGGAAAGCAUUGGUGGGAUACGUUUAGAUCUUUCAAAGGUGAUACAAGAAGUGAGGAGUUCUAUUCUCUUCCUUUCAAUCUCAACAAAUACUUCCCUUGUGUCUAGAAACGGAGGAGAGAGAGAGAGAUGAGGAAAAGAGUUUACUCAAGAGUUUCACCAUUGUUGCCUCUUGAGUUCUUUUGUUUUUGUUCCUUUCACAAAACUUUGGGAACUUUUAAAAGAUAUCAGUGCAGAUAUCAGUGCUGUUCGUUUGGUUGCCGCAUGUACCUGCGUCGGCGUCAAUUUUUUAAAAAAAUCUUGAUGCCGGUACUGGUCUGCGUCUAAACGCGGCGUUCUCGCUUCAGACGCCGAAAAAAUCAGCGUCUUCGAUUAAAAAACUGCGUUCGGAGGUUUAUUUUACACAUUUGCCCUUACUGUAUUUCAUUAUUUACAAAAAAAACCUAAAUCCUAAUUUCUCCAUUGAAGCAGCUCUUCUCCAUUGACGCAGCUCUUCUCAUCUCCAUCUCCGACCUUCGAGCUCUCUCAUCUCCAUCUCCGAUGCAGACCUCGAGAUCUCUCAUGUCCGGCUCGAACUAUCUCAUCUCUGACGCUUAUCACGGGCUCUCUCAUCUCUGAAGCUUAUCACGAGCUCUCUCAUCUCUGACGGUUAUCACGAGUUCUCUUAUCUCCUCCGAUUUGGGUUUCAAGCAUUGUUGAGGCUCUCUGUUUCUAUAUAGUGAAGGUGUUGGAGUUCGUUGCAAAGAAAGAAAGUCUGCAACUGCUCCAUGGUUUUACAGCAUUACAAGUACUCUUAGUUAUAGGACGAAUUGUUUUGUCCUGGUGAUAAAGAUACAGAAGCUCACGAACUCUUUGGGAGCUAUGUUUCCAUCAUUACUUGCAGUUUUAAGAGCCAAUUGAUUCCCUUCUACAGAAGCAGUAGCAGAAGACGGGUUAAUGGUGAACCUCUCCACAGGAACAUUAUCAUUACUGAAAAAGAUGACUGCUACUCUUUCAACAAGACCAUGUUACAAACAUUGUUCAUACGUCAUUCUAUAAUGAUUAUAGAAACAAAGGCUGAUCUUUGAUGUGGGUUUUCAAUAAAAGCUGUUUUAAAAUAUUACACCAAGAUGAGAGAUUUCUGUUAUUAAAUUAAAAUUUGAAAAUACAAUUUAUAAAUAUCA